CGAAAUUUAAGAUCGGUAGGAGCGAUCCGGGCCGGUAUUGCGAUCAUUUGGAAAAUAAAACUGAGUCAAAUGGGUUUUCAGCUUGUCAGAAUUGGUCAAGAAUUCACAGACUUUGCUUUCAAGAAUGUUUGUGAAAAUGCGACCGAAAAGGACCUUGACUCGACAGCGCCAGUCGUAUAUGAAGUUAUCACCGCAAGUUGUGCUGCGAUGUUCUAUUUGGUUAUGUUCUCCUUGGGCAUUUUCGGUGUUUGCUCCAGGUACUGUGCUAGAAUCUCUUCUUCGCAAGGAGUGCUCUUUGUAUUUUUCGUAGGGGUACUAAUUACCUGUAUAAAUGCAUUCACAAAGGCAAACAAUCUCUGGGUGAAGGUGAGCUUCCGGCUCUUCACAGAUCUAGUCAUUGGAAUUUUUUUCCCGAUCUUUGGUGCCUGGCGUUUUUUUGAAAUCCCAAACAGAGCUCAAGGAGAAGCCGACCCGCCGGGGAAUGAUAGACUGACUCUUGGUAAACAACAGCCUUCCAUGGGUCUGGUAGUUUCCUUAUUAACUUUUCCUCUGGUCAUUAUCGAGAUUGUGCUGUUUGUCGCAUCCCUGAGCUCCAACAUAACAGACGAGGCGAAAGGAAGGUUGACCGUUUCAAAGUGGCACUAUGUUAACGCGGACAAGUCUUUUUUCCUUUCUCAAAAGAUUUUCCAAGUUUUUACCUAUCUCUAUCUGCGGAACACUACCAUUUCCCAGGGUAAAGAGGAGAAUGUUCAGUUUUAUUUCAGAUUAUUGUCUUUUUUCAACUUUACCGAGUGGAUAGACGCGCGAGUAAAUGUAGAAGACGACAUAGCUUUGAGUGGAAUCAGUGCAGAAAAUGAUGGCUGGUUUAAUUUAUUGACAGUGCUAUACACAGCACUGAUCAUAGAUUAUCGUUUAUUGUGUUCAUUACUAUUCCUUGAACAUUCCAUUGAAGUUCAAAAUCACAACGCAGACCCGGCUAAUGGGAAUGAUAAUGGCGGCGGUAAUCAAGAAAUGUCGCCUUGUGAUGAAAUCAAAAGAGUUUGCGGUAAUGCUCUUGGCAGUUUCUGUCUCAUAGCCCCUGUAUUCUGUGCUUUAUAUUUUGUGCGUGCAUUCGAUCUAAAACCAUGGGUCAACAUACUUGCUAUUAUUGUCAACGUUGUAAUUACUGUUUGUGGAAUUUGUCUCCUCCAUUACAACGACUUGAGGGCCGAUCCCAAUCAACAUAAAGAACCGAAAGGUGUUAAAAUAAUGGUUUGCUGUCUAGGUGCCGUGGGAUUUACAUGCUGGUUCGUGGAGGGAGCGAUCCUUUGUGUUUGGGCUGUUGAAGGAAAACACAUAUAUGAUAACAGCAAUUUCUACUCGUCAUACAUCCCCUGGACUGGCGCUAAGUUUAUCAUACGAAGUAUAGCAACGGCAUUCCUCAUUCUCUUAUUCACCAAAGUCAACGCUCGAGCUUUGCCCGUGGUAAAUCAGAACAGCAGAAACUAUGUGCUUGUACCUGCUGUGAUGUUAGGGGUUCUUUCCAUGUUUGGAGAGGGUUUGAUCGACCAGAAAUUUGGAAAAGGGGAGGAAUUACUCAGGUGUGCAAUCAAAGACCUAGGCCUAAAAAUUCUGUUUGAGGUUGGCCCACCAAUGUACCUUGGUUUCCUUCUUCACGUGUUUCUUUACUUUAUCAUCAUACAAACGCGUUUACGAAACUACGCGCAAGAGCUGGGACCGGGGCAAGGAGCAAGGUCGGGAGUGAACCAGGGGCCAAGGAUGAGGCCGGGUCGAGGUCGGGGUCGGGGCCGGGGGCGUGGCUGGGAUCUGGAGUCAUAGUCACGACGGUGCCAGGAACGGCGUCAGAGUCGGGGCCGAAGGCGUGGCUGGAGUCACAGCUAGCGAGGGCCGCGGCCGGUUCUCAUUACUUCUUUCCCCGGAUUGAGUUUAUUUCUUCUUUCUGAAAAGUGAUAUUAAUUCACUGUUUUGUUGUUUAUAAAGUUUAUUAACCGUUGCUUUUUAGUGUUAUCACCCUCGAGUGAUUUGUAUGUGUUGUGUUGGGGAUUUGUUGGGACGGAUGAUGACUCCAUCAGCUCUGUAGCUGCUUUAAAUAAUUAAUUGCUUGAAUGAAUCGAAUCCUCAGCUCAAUGCAAAGAAACGGUCCUCCAUAUCCUCCAUAAAUUAUUAUUAAAACAAGAAAAAUAGAUUUUUUUCUGAAAUUGAUAAUAGGCUGUUUUACAGCUGUUUACUUAGCUGCCAAGCCUUUGAUUAGGAGGAAAGCUGAAAGUUGGUCUUGUUGUGAUAGAGACUGGUAUCUAGUUAGCAUGAUAACAAAGUAAUUCAUAUUUGAAAAGCAGCAAAGUCUAUCAUAAAAAGGUAACCCAUAGCCUCACUUUGUUUGGCAAAACUUAAAAAACCUUAUGAUUGACGGCCAUAUUCUUAAUUUCUAUUUUCUACCACGAUUUUCAUUAAAAUACUUUUGUGGUUAGACCCCACGUAUGCAAUUAAAUUAGUAAUUCUUUAUUGUUUACACCUCUGUAAAUGUCAUAUUUGUAAUAGUUGAAAUGAUAAAUAGAUAAAUAAUGAGGGUUCAAG